CUGUUGUGUGUGUAAUCUUUGUGCACUCUCUGUUCCUUUGUUACACAACCGGUUACGUUAAUCCAACUGCCUUUUUACUAAUCUCUCCGACAAACAUCUAGUCUAACACGUUAUACAAGAAAUUGAAGGUUACGAAACAUAUUCUUGAACAUUUUUCGUUAAAUAAUUGCUCAAGUGCGUGUUUAAAGAAAUUUGUCAGGUCAUUUUUCAGGGUUAUAAAUCUUCCUUUAUGUGUAAUAAUAUUGACAGGAAAGAGUUUCCUUACAUUAAUACCACUAAAAAUUAGUUAAAGUCACCAGAAUACUGUGGUAAUCCAGCUUACAGUAGUGGAUCCAAAUAUGGAGGUUCCUCAAUAUUAUGGUUACGUGAUCUUCAUUGUUUUGGCUUCGUUUCUAGUAAAUCUUUGGCUUGCUGAAAGAGUUUCAAUUGCUCGAUUUAGAUAUAACAUUCAGUAUCCUAUGAUGUACAGCGAAACAAAUAAUAUAUUUAACUGUAUGCAGCGAUCUCACUUAAAUUUUGUGGAAAAUUAUCCUUCCUUCCUAUCCCUACUCCUAUUAGCCGGAUUAUCGGAUCCCAUUGCAAGUGCAAAGUAUGGAGCAAUAUGGCUUUUAGGAAGAGUGGUUUAUGCAAUUGGUUAUUCAACUGGAAAACCGUGGAAGAGACUUUUUGGCUCCUUUCAAUAUUUAGGACUGGCAGUUUAACAAACGGACAGAAAAAAAUUGAAAAUGGUGAAAAUAGAAGUUCCUCGAGAAUAUGGCUACAUUAUUC